UUCCCCCUCCUUCCGCCAACCACGCUCGCAAUUUCAAGUGUGUGCCAAGUGCCUGUAAAGCGUAGCAAGCUGUGUAGAAAGACGCAGGGUAUGUGACCAGGCGUAAAUCCCAGGCAACUUGUGCAGCGUAGCCACUCGUGUGGCAAACUAAGCCCCUGGCAACCAUAGCGAUUGCAGCGCCACGACUAGCCCUGCUGCGCGGCAAUGGAGGCUCUCUCGCACCUGCCUCUUGCGGCCACCGCCGUAUCCGCGCUUGCGGGUGAUGGACUGACAGCAGGAGUAGCAGCAGCAGCAGCCGCAACCGCAGCGGCAGGAGCGGCAGGAGCGGCAGGAGCGGCAGGAGUGGCAGGAGCGGCAGGAGCGGCUGGAGCGGCAGGAGCGACAGGGGGCGGCGUGAGUGUGUCCGAAUCGCUUCCGACGGUCUUGAAUCCCGCGUCGUCGCUGGACCCUGGCGUUGACGAUGACCCGCUGCUCGACGAGGCGGAGCGGGGGGCGCUGGGGCAGUUGGCGGCGCUCCUGCUGGCGCGCGAGGGGGACGGGGACGGGGACGCGGGGACGGUGCGCCAGCUGCUGCUGCGGGGGAACGGGGCGUUCCGGAGGGGCAACUAUGAGGAGGCCAUAGAGGCGUAUUCCCGCGCACUGCAGAGGUUCAGCCAGCUCGCCUCGUCGCAGACACACACAACCACUGCUCCUCCCGCUGCUGUCACGCCCGCCAGCGUCACGCCCACCAGCGUCACGCCAAAUCCCAUCAGCACCGGCGGCAGUGGCGGCAGCAGCAACAGCAGCAGCCCUUUCGCCAGCGCCAGCAGCAGUCCAGAGGGAUUCAGGCUCCCAAGCAACCCCCUUUCCCCGGUCCAACCUUGCACCACCACCACUGCUGCUGCUGCGCCUGCCUCCCUGCCCUCCCGCCUGCCCCCUGACGCCACGUCUGUGCUCCUCAGCAACCGCUCCGCUGCGCUCUGCUGUCUGAGCAAGCGGCUGCGCAGCAUACCGGCAGCGCAGUCGGAGCGAAGGGCGCUGUACGGCCUCGACCCCCUCUCCCUCGCGCAGUUGGCUCUGAAGGACGCGGAGAAGCUGGUGCGCCAGAGCGACGGGUGGCCCAAGGCGCACCUCAGGAAGGCUGCUGCGCUCGUGCUGUUGGAGCGGUACAGCGAUGCACGGGAGUCAUUCCUCAACGGUCUCCACAUUGACCCCAUCAACCCGUUGUUGCAAGCGGGGCUGCAGGAGCUAUCUGCAGAGCAGGAGGAGGUGCGGAGAGUGGUGCAGGCAGGGAGGGGGGGAGAGGGGCGCGGAAGGGGCAGCAGCAGGGGGAACGAGAGGAAGGGGGAGGGGAGUGGCGGGCGGGGCUCUUUGUCCUCUUCUGAGGAGGAAGAGGAGAGUGAUGAGGAAGAGGAGGAGGAGGAGGAUGAGGAGGAGGAGGAAGGAGACAGGGGCGGGGAGGAGAGGGGAGAGGAUGGGGUGGAGGAAGGGAGUGGAGGAGGGAAGGUGAAGAGGCUGCAGCAGGGGCACGCCGACAAGGAGGGGAGGGGAGGAGAGGAGGGGGAAAAGGGGGUGGGGGCGGGGGCGGGGGCGGGGGCGGGGGCGGGGGCGGGGGCGGGGGCGGGGGAGGAUGUAGGGGAGGGGGAGAAGGGUGUUGCAAGGAGAAAGAGGACGAGGAAGGGGAAGGGGAAGGGGAAGAAAGUUAAAGGGGAGAAUGAGCAGGGGGUGGGGAGGGGGGUGGAGCGGGCAGAGGAGUUUGACUGCAGUCUGUGCCUGAAGCUGCUCUUCCACCCCGUCACCACGCCCUGCGGACACACCUUCUGUCGCUCUUGUCUUGUUCGGGUGCUGGACCAUGGCAACAAGUGCCCUGUGUGCCGCACAGUGCUGUUCGUCAGCCCCAUGCAGCACCCCGUCAGUGUGACUCUCCAGGCGAUCUUAGAGCGCCUGUUUCCCGAGGAGUAUGAGGAGAGGAGGGGCGAGGUGGAGGGGGAGAAGGUGGUGGGGAGAGAGAUCCUUCCGCUCUUUGUCAUGGACUCGGUGCUCCCGGGGCAGAAGAUGGCGCUCAACAUAUUCGAGCCGCGAUACCGACUCAUGAUCCGCAGAAUCAUGGAGGGGGAUCACCGCAUGGGCAUGGUGGGUGUGGACCGGCGCAGAGGGGUGAUGCUGGACCUGGCAUGUGAGGUCAAGAUCGCAGAGUGUGACCCCUUGCCGGAUGGCCGAUUCUACAUUGAGGUGGAGGGAAUGCGACGGUUCAGCAUCACUAGCAGCUGGGAGCAGGACGGGUACCGAGUGGCGCAAGUGGAGUGGAUGCAAGACACGCUACCAGAGGCCGGCUCAGAAGAAGCAGCUAAGCUGUCAUCGUUAGCAGAGGAGGUGGCAGGGGUGGCAAGGGAGUGGGUGGCUCGAGUGCUCUCCACUUCUCGAGCCAAUCGUCGCAGCAGGUUGAUAGAGCAUGUGCGGAGUGCAGGGGACAUACCCCCGGCAAGCCAACCUGAGCGACUCAGCUUCUGGCUGGCCAACCUCCUUCCAAUUGCGCCUGAGGAGAAACUUUCCUUCCUGCGGAUGACAGACCCAGCAGAGCGCUUGUCUCAGGAGCUCACUCUGCUGCGAGCGCAUCCCCUCACCUCGUGCCACCUGCAGUGAAUCGCCCCAUCCCCAUCCUACCAGUCAGUCAGUCACCCUAUCAGUAGCCCCCUCGGUCUCACCACCCCACUUGCUGCGAUGCGCUGUCACGUGCCCCAAUGCUCCAAUGCACGACGCCGUGCUGCUAGUGACUGGCUUGCCAGGCUUCCGCGGCUGGUGUGUCAUCACGUCGUCAUGCCGUGGCCAUUGUACCAUAUCCCGAUCCCGGCUCAGAGUGUGGCGCUGUGUUUCCUGUGCACGCACAACAUCCUCCCCUCACAGUCCUGACUCCUGAUUCCUGUUCCUGAUUCCUUGUACAGAUACUCCGUUGCUCCACCCUGAGCAUCAUGCAUGCUGUCUCCCUUCCCGCACCCCUAUAGUUGAUCUCUUGACCCCACACAAUUUAUGACCUGCUCUGCUCUGCUCUCAGUAGUAAUUGCUCUCUCAUCUCAUCUCUUUCUUGAACCCUGGGAAGCGAAGAGUUGGUUAUCGGUGUAAUUGAUAAAGCUUG